CAUGUGAUCCAUGCUCACGUGUCUCCGCAGCCGGCUCGGGAAAGAAUCCCCAAAGCAAAUUUUAGGCAAAGUCUUGAGAAAAAAGAAAUUGGGGCCAGAAAGGGAAGUGAGGAGAACCAGAUCCCAGACCUUUGGAGAGAAGGAGCAAACCCCCUCUGGCACAGCCCAUCAGGGAGAAAGAGCAGGUUGAGAAGAGUCCUAGGCUAGCAGCCCCAAACAGGUGGGUGUUGCUCAGCUGCCUGGGGCAUGUGGUUGUAAGGCAGAACCCACAGACCUUGCAGGAAGAAGGCUCUUGGGGCCAUGGCCCAGGCCAGCAUCAACAGUGACUACAGUGAGUGGGGCUUGAGCACGGAUGCCGGGGAGCGGGCCCGGCUGCUUCAGAGUCCCUGUGUGGACACAGCCCCCAAGAGUGAGUGGGAAGCCUCUCCUGGGGGUCCAGACAGAGGCACCACUUCCACACUUGGGGCCGUCUUCAUUGUCGUCAACGCGUGCCUGGGCGCAGGACUACUCAACUUCCCAGCAGCCUUCAGCACUGCGGGGGGCGUGGCAGCAGGCAUCGCACUGCAGAUGGGUAUGCUGGUUUUCAUCAUCAGCGGCCUUGUCAUCCUGGCCUACUGCUCCCAGGCCAGCAAUGAGAGGACCUACCAGGAGGUGGUGUGGGCUGUGUGUGGCAAGCUGACAGGUGUGCUGUGUGAAGUGGCCAUCGCUGUCUACACCUUUGGCACCUGCAUCGCCUUCCUAAUCAUCAUUGGUGACCAGCAGGACAAGAUUAUAGCUGUGAUGGCAAAAGAGCCAGAGGGGGCCAGCGGCCCUUGGUACACAGACCGCAAGUUCACCAUCAGCCUCACUGCCUUCCUCUUCAUCCUGCCCCUCUCCAUUCCCAGGGAGAUCGGCUUCCAGAAAUAUGCCAGCUUCCUGAGCGUCGUGGGGACCUGGUACGUCACAGCCAUCGUUAUCAUCAAGUACAUCUGGCCAGAUAAAGAGAUGACCCCAGGGGACAUUCUGACCAGGCCGGCUUCCUGGAUGGCUGUGUUCAAUGCCAUGCCCACCAUCUGCUUCGGAUUUCAGUGCCACGUCAGCAGUGUGCCCGUCUUCAACAGCAUGCAGCGGCCUGAAGUGAAGACCUGGGGUGGCGUGGUGACAGCUGCCAUGGUCAUAGCCCUCGCUGUCUACAUGGGGACAGGCAUCUGUGGCUUCCUGACCUUUGGAGCUGCUGUGGAUCCUGACGUGCUCCUGUCCUACCCCUCGGAGGACAUGGCUGUGGCCGUUGCCCGAGCCUUCAUCAUCCUGAGCGUGCUCACCUCCUACCCUAUCCUGCACUUCUGUGGGCGGGCGGUGGUGGAAGGCCUGUGGCUGCGCUACCAGGGGGUGCCAGUGGAGGAGGACGUGGGGCGGGAGCGGCGGCGGCGAGUGCUGCAGACGCUGGUCUGGUUCCUGCUCACCCUGCUGCUGGCGCUCUUCAUCCCUGACAUCGGCAAGGUGAUCUCAGUCAUUGGAGGCCUGGCCGCCUGCUUCAUCUUCGUCUUCCCAGGUCUGUGCCUCAUUCAAGCCAAACUCUCCGAGAUGGAAGAGGUCAAACCAGCCAGCUGGUGGGUGCUGGUCAGCUACGGAGUCCUCUUGGUCACCCUGGGAGCCUUCAUCUUCGGCCAGACCACAGCCAAUGCCAUCUUUGUGGAUCUCCUGGCAUAACCACUGCCUCCCAGGGAACACAAGGCCUUUGCCAUUGGUCGCAGGAACCCAUCUCUUAGAGCUAUGGGGCCAUUGUUAGUCCACGGUCAUUCCAACGGGUGGGAUGACAUCCGGACAUCCUCUUCCAGGGACUGGGGCAAACUCAGGCCCCACACCUCUGGACAGCUCAAACCCGGUCCUCUUCCUGCUCCCCAGUGCUGGCAGUGCUGUGGAUGUUGGCAGGAAGUCUCACAUCGUAGAGGAACCUUCCUCCUCUCCCAGUUCUCAACUUCUCCAUGCCUGGAAUCCAUGGGUGAAGAGAGUCGGUAGAUCUCAUAAGAAAGAAUCCAGUCUGACUUCCUGACUUCCCUCUGGAGAAUGACUGUGGACAGAGGGCUACCAUGCUCCACAGAGCACCCUAUCCUGAGUAGGGGCUGUGCUCAUUACCCCAGGCCAGUGGUAGCUUCCUCAGGAGCCUGGUCAUUUCCAAAGGUAGCACUGAAGUCAUACAAAUGCAUAGUCAGGUAGAUUCAGGCCUUGCCCACACCUUCCUGGGCAACCCCCACCAUGAACCUGUCAGCCUCUUUCCCAUAGCUAACGGACAUUUCCCAGGCCUUGAGGGGCCCAGUUGUGUCUCUUUCACCAAACCUGAUGGUCCAGGCUGGGCAUCUCUCCUCCUCCAUCCCCAACAUCACCAGGUCUAUUGUUUACAAACGGUGCCAGCCCGGCUCUGAAGCCAACGGCCGCCCCGUGCCAUGGUGCUGUGAGUAUUCCUCUGUUAGCUUUCCCCAUAAGGUUGGGGGAUGUCUGCUUUUCUCUCUGAGAUGGGCCCCUCUUUUCAGAGGCCCCAGGGUGGGUGAUGGAGAAGGCUGGGAACAUUUAAGACCCUCUGUGUCUAAUUACCUAGAGACAAAAAAAAAAAAAAAUAGGCAGGGCCAGGCCCGGUGGCUCACGCCUGUAAUCCCAGCACUUUGGGAGGCCAAGGCGGGCAGAUGACUUGAGGU